AUUUUUGUUUUCAACAGAAAGGGAAACAAGGAUGAAUUCAAGCAAAAGCUUUAUCAACUCCAUUCCGUCAAUUCCAGCAUAUAAGCUUUCUUCAAAAAUCCAUCUUCUCUCCCCAAAAUCUCCAUUUUUCUUCAAUUCCAAAGCUUCCAUCAAACGCAACAGGCGCUUUUCUGCAAUGGGUUCUUCUCCCUCUUCGCAGAAACCAGACAACAUCCAAGAAGCAGGGAAGGCAGAUUAUACUUCUUUAAGUGAUGAAGAAUGGAAGAAGCGCCUCACUAAGGAGCAAUAUUACAUAUGUCGACAAAAGGGAACUGAGAGAGCUUUUACUGGGGAAUAUUGCAACACUAAAACCCCAGGGACUUACAAUUGUAUCUGUUGCGACACGCCUUUAUUUGAAUCAAGCACGAAAUUCGACAGUGGAACUGGUUGGCCAUCUUACUAUCAGCCCAUUGGAAACAAUGUGAAAUCAAAGUUAGACAUGUCAAUCAUAUUCAUGCCUCGUACAGAAGUUCUAUGUGCAGUCUGUGAUGCCCAUCUUGGCCAUGUCUUUGAUGAUGGCCCACCACCUACCGGGAAGCGGUAUUGCAUCAAUAGUGCUUCUCUGAAACUGAAACCACAGUAGGCGACAGCUUCAAGCUAUGGACCAAAGAUGAUCAUUGUCUUAAAUAAAAGAUUGCUACAAUCUUUCUAUAAUAUAUCUGUAUGUUUGGGUAUAUAUAUUUUGUUCCGCUCUUGAUCUGAUUAUCAUUUUGCUGUGUGUUUGAUGUGUGGCAUUGGUUUUAUUAGCUAGCAUACUAGUUUUUGAGA